AUGUACAGCUGCUUCGGCGCGCCAGAGGAUAGGAAUACAAAGAAGCAGGCCGCGGCGGGGGCCGCCAACGCGAAUGCGUGCGAAUCGACCGUUGCGAAGGGGGAACUUGCAACGAAUGACCAGGUGAGUGGCCGCCGUGUCUUGCUUUCUGCUCAUCCUCCCUUGUUGAUCUCGGGUGUCUUUCGGAACGGACAAACAGGCUUUGGAAAGAGGGAAGAAACGACAGAGGAAGUGAAGGGAGUCCACUCGCGUCGUAGUUGUCAUUGGAUAAAGUACGUACUCUGA